CGUGCGCAGUUCGCUUCUGCUAUCAGAAGGGCAGAGAGGGAGAGAGAGAGAGAGAGAGAGAGAGAGAGGGGUUCACAGCCUACUGAAUCCAUCGCUGAAACCUGCGACUGCCUGCUCCUCAUCUUCUUGUUUACGUCUCUCUUUCUCAGUGUUCGAUCGCCGCCCAAGGGGCUCCGGAUCCCGCUCGAGUCGGUGAGCUACGAGUCCAGACGAUGCUGCCCUGGCUGCCUGCUGGCCAGGACAGCAGCCAUCCCUGCGCCAUCCUGCUCUUGCUCUAAAUCUGUCGGUCAGCGCUCAGUAUGAGGGAGAUGGUAGGAGGCUGCUGCGUUUGUUCCGAUGAAAGAGGCUGGACAGAGAACCCGCUCGUCUACUGCGAUGGACACGGCUGCAGCGUCGCCGUGCAUCAAGCUUGUUAUGGUAUUGUUCAGGUACCAACGGGCCCAUGGUUCUGCAGGAAAUGCGAGUCUCAGGAGAGAGCUGCCAGGGUGAGAUGUGAACUUUGUCCCCACAAGGAUGGUGCACUGAAGCGGACAGAUAAUGGAGGCUGGGCACACGUUGUUUGUGCACUCUACAUCCCUGAAGUCCAGUUUGCUAAUGUAUUGACCAUGGAGCCAAUAGUCCUGCAGUAUGUCCCCCAUGAGCGCUAUAACAAGCCGUGUUACAUCUGUGAAGACCAGGGUCGGGAGAGCAAAGCUGCAUCUGGUGCCUGCAUGACUUGCAACCGGCAAGGCUGCCGGCAGGCAUUCCACGUCACUUGCGCGCAGAUGGCAGGUCUUCUCUGUGAAGAGGAAGGUCUGGAGGCUGACAAUGUGAAGUACUGUGGCUACUGCAAGUACCAUUACAACAAAAUGAAGAAAUCGCGUCAGUCAUGCAGCAGCAGCGGCAGUGCACUUUGCCACACCAGAAGCAGCUCCACUUCACCCUCGCUGGAGAAGCACAGUUCUCAUCAUGACAAGCAGAAAAAGAGUCACAAAGACAAAGGCCGCCAGAAGGAGAAGCAUAAAAAGUCCUCAGAAACGCUCCCCACGUUGCUCCCGGGCAGCACUGAUAAGGUGUCCUCUAGCCAUCAUUCCAGCUCAAAAGAAAGUGUGGAGGUCAGCCGGUCAGAAGGAAAGAGCAGGAAGAUGCUGAGUCACGUCAUUACUCAUCGGGGCAGGAAAUCAAGCAGUGGGAAGUCAUUCUCAUCCAAUGGGCCCUUCCAACAAGUAAGUUCAUCUACCUCUAGUAGUCACUCCUCUUCCCAAGACUAUCUAAACUUUUCCUCUUCCAAGCUGGAAAGAGAGGAGCAUGCCAAGGAUGAAGAAGAGGAAGAGGAAGAAGAGGAGGAAGAGGAAGAGGAGGAAGGAGAAGAUGAGGAGAAGUACAUGAAAACAUCUGCCACUACUGCUGCACCUUCAUCCCUUCCAGUUUCCUCUCUGCCCCCAGCACUGUCAACUCCCGAAUCCACCCGCAGCUCUCCCUGCUAUGAUGUGACCGGUAGCAACAGUGGAAACAGCUUUGAACCAAAGGUCACCAUCUCCACCUUUGGCUCCAUCAUGCGCAUUACCUCCACUGGAUUAGGAAACUCGUCCAAAGUGCGUGACAACUCCCCCGGGGAGUACAAGGUGGUGAACCCCGUCAGCAGCCAGCGGAGUAAACGUCGGCCUCCAGUUUUGGAUGAGGAUUCAGGCGAGGACAUACCUGUCAAGGUGCGAAAGCACAGAGGCAGUAGGAAGAGUAAACAUGGGCCCGGCCGGCCGAAAGGCAGCAAGAAUAAGGAGAGCCGGGAGAAUAAGGACAGUGGACAGCAUAGCUCAGUCAGCUCGACCCUGACCUCCUUGGGACCCCCAUCUCUGAUGUCCCCUGUUUCUUCCACUAGCCGCCCCCCUCUGAGCAGCAGUGGAUAUCCUAGUUCCUCUCAUACCUACACCCCUGGUGGCAGCACUAACUCCUCACUGCUGGGAUCAGGUAUCUAUACCAGUAAUAAGGAUCCCAUCUCCUUAGGAGGAGGAGGAGGAGGGAUUUUAGGGGCAUUCUGCAGCACUCCAUUAUCAUCCAGUCUGCUGGGCCACCAGGGGGCGUCCUCCUCUCUCCCACAACUCAACUGCCUCUCUCUGCCGUCGGUCCUCCACACCGCAACUCCUGCAUCCGUCUCCACAACUCAGGUGUUCUCCCUUCCUGGCUCGUCCUACAGCCUGAACUCUUCCCGUGUUUUCGGCAGUCCCCUGACCUCGGGUCCGUCCAUCAAUCCAUUGAUCAGCCAGUCGGAGACUAGUCUUCAAGACCCAGAGUUAGAAGACUGUCCCUUCGCCUGUCGAGACAGCUCCCCACGUGAAAGCCUGUCCUCUCCGUCCCCAAUAAGCAGCCUGCCUCUGUUGUUUGAUCAGAGGGACAUAGGAAGCCGGAGCAGUGGGGAGAAUACUGGAAACAUCCCGGUUUGCAGUGCACACAUCGAGCAGCUUCUGGAGAAGCAUGGCAGUGGCGAGAUGGGCUUCAACAUUGUUGAGAUGCUGAAGUCUCUACACUCCUUGCAGCAGGAGAACCAGAGACUGCAGGACCAGAUUAUGAGCCUGACAGCAAAAAAGGAGCGGCUACAGCUUCUCAACGUACAGCUGGAAGUGCCCUUCAAUCCUGUGCAGAGCAAUGCCACACGGACACCAUGCUCGUCUUCUUCUUCCUCCACACAGAUGAAUUUUCUCUCCACGCAUAAUGCAUGCGCUACGGACCCUCUGAGCAUCAACAAGAGCUCGCCCUCCAAGACUGCCUUCUUGGCAGAAAAUUCCAUUUCUGCUUCCUCUGAGGAACUUCAUUCAGGCUGCCAAAGCCGUAGUAGCUCCUCCCUUUCCUUCCAUAGCACUCCACCUCCUCAGCAAAGCCCCGCCUCCUUGUCUCAGCCUUUGGUUAACGGCCUUGGCAGAAAUAUGGUUGGUAGCACUUUAGGGGUUGGAACAUCAUCUGCCAAUUCCUCUUUGACCUUGGCAAGUGGGCUAAUGGCAAAUCUCAACGGGGGUCCACAGUUGUCCGUCAAUGGCAUGAUGGGGAACCUGAAUGGGGUGAUCCAGACGCCAACUAACUCCGUCACACAACAGACACUGCAACAGAAUCUCCAGUUCACCAACAGCCUCAGUGGUGUCCCUGGAGCAAAUCUUCUUACGGAGCAACAGAAGCAGUUUGUUCUCCAGCAACAGCAGCAGCUCCACCAGAUUUUAGCUUCACAGCAGUUCACUCCGGAGCAGCAAGCUGUUGUCUACCAGAUGCUGCAGCAGAACCAGCGACAGAGACUACAGUUGGCUGGAGCAGGGGCACCACCUUUCUUGCCCGGAAUUACACCAGCACUGGCGUCCACACUUGCACCUUCCACCCACCUGAUGAGCCCAGCAACUGCCUCACCUCUGAAUAGCAACCAAGGCAACCCUUUCCUUGGGUUAACACAGGAUGGAAAUGUGCAGAAGGUACGGAGGGCAGUAGAGAAAGGAGGAUCCCUGAGCCAGGACAAAAGCUGACUGUGUGAGUGAUGAAGAGCAGCAAAGCAAAAAACCAGCGCAGAGACUGAAGGCAAUGCACCUGACUCAGCAAAAAGCUCAUCUCUUAUUGUGAAAUCUAUGAGCCCUAAGGACAGAAAAGAAUACGGCACCUUUUAUUACUGUUUUUCAUCAGGAAUACAUUCAGAUUGAAGAAUGUAACUGAUUUUUAAUAGCUGAAAUUUAAAAAAAAAAAAAUCAACUGCUCUAUGCUCAAACAAGAAAUUCAGUUUUUUGUUCUGGACUGCUUUCAGCAUACACAAGAGUGACACCACUUUUUCUUUCUUUUUUUCUUACUCUUCCAUUGACCUAAGAUCAUAAACAUGAGUGGGCUUUUUAUAACAUUAAUAAUGACAAGCCUCUUUGCAGUUUUCAUUUUUGCCCAUUGAAUUCUUGUACUGAUCCUGCAUCUGCAACAGUUCAGGGAAUCCAUUCUUCCACUGUCUUGUUGUCGCAUCAUUAUUAGAUUACUUGCAUUUCUAAGGAGUAGCCCUCAGAGCAGCGCAGCAUUGGUUAAAAGGAAAAAAAAAAAGAUAAUAUAGUGAUGAUUUUUAGGAAAAUAACAAAAAUGAACUAUUGAAGUUAGAGAAAACAUAUUAAAAAAUCUUAAAAGAAAAUUGAGCCUUGAGCUGCCAGCUUUUUAUCCCACCUAAAAUUCUAAUCAAAGGCAAAGUCUUGGGUUAAACUCGAGAACUUUCUGAAUUAUUUAGCUUGAUUCCUUUCUUUCGAGAUUUAUUCUUAAAUCUGUUAUUUUAGCUGAGGUUUGCAUGUUUUAUAAACAUGAGCUCAUUUAAAACUUGUAAAUAAUACAAGGUAAUCUGCUCACAAAUACCAUGUUAUUCAUCCAUUUUUUUUUCUUUUCUGUCAUUUCCAUUACUUGUUGUUAGUAAAAAUUUGGGGGUACCAGCAGUGACUUUGCAAAAUUAUCAUCACAAAUCAGUAAACUGAUCAUUCUCUUGUUAUGCUAAUUGGAAUCAUAAAAAAUGCCAUCAUGGAAUAACACCACAUAAGUACUGACAACAUCUAAAUUUUAACAAAGUUCUAAUGAAAAACGUUAGGUGCAGCUCAGUGCCAUAACAGGCAGGAUCCGGUUUGGUUUUUUCUCAUAGUCCAAAGAUGAGCCGAUUGGUUAUUUUGUGAUUCUAAUUAGCAUGUGCUAAUUGUGGAUAUAUGGGGUCACCUCAGCAUGGUGUCUCAUUCAGGGCUGGUCCCAUCCCAUUGCUGCUGGAGACUGUAUACUGAAAAAAGGGGGUUCCACAAAAAUGAUGGAAAAUAAAUCACUUUGAUAAACUGACACGAUAGGAAAGACUUACAAAUGCCGUUGCAUCGAGUCAGAAUGUAAAAAUAAUGAGCUGAAUGUGCACAAGAGUGAAAUAGCUGAUAACAAAACAAAGUCAGCAUUGGCGGGGUGGUUUGGAAGCAGAAACAUUAGUUAGAUGCUCUCACUAGAGGGUGCCAUAGUGCCACUCCCUCGGGCACCCCUGCUUCUUCUCCUCAGAGGCCAGCACUUGAAUGUGUUGCUUAUUAUAAUUGAUAUUUUGCAUAAAUGCAGAGCACUUAAAAGUUAUGUAGCAUACAGUGAAACUGAGAAAUGUAUAGAAUUAGCAAGCAGACUUCAUUAACUCGACUAAUUUUGCACAUUGACCGCUUAUAUGGUACGAGGGCCUAAACCCUUAAGUGUUCAAAACACAAAUGUGGAAUAAAGGCAGCCGCCCUCAAAAAACAAAACAAAAAAAUAACAUACAUUCAUAUACGUACAUGCAUAUUUUCUACUCUGCAUUCUUUGAAGAUACAUCACCAUUUUAGUGGCCAAGGAAUUAGAAGACCUUCAUUUCAUUUCAUUUCUGUUGUCCUUUUUUUUUUAAAUUUUUUCUUAAUGUUGCACUUUGAUGUUUUACCAGCGUUGAAAUAACUUAAAAAGAGUUUUCAGAAGUGAUUCUAUAAUGCGUGUAAAACAGUUUUCAAUGCUUUUUUUUAUUUGCAAAUAUUUGUAUAGAUAAACCAACAAGAUGCAUUUGUGUAAAAUAUUUCGGUAGAUCUUAAUUUUUUUUUAAUGUAAUUUGGCAGAUACUGUUUAAGAAUGAAUGAAGUUCAAUUAUUUGUGAUGGUUGGGAGUGGGUUUGGGAUAGCGGGUGGUGGGGAGAUGGUCAAGCACUAGCUGAGCUCACAAGGCAGAAGGAAUUAAUGUGCUUACGUGAAGGAACGAGGACUCCUGGUUACAAAAUGUCUGGAACUUCUAAGUUGCACUGGGGCACUUUAGCCCACUUUGUUGGAAAUGUUUAAUUAAUUUUGGUAAUGUUAUUUUUUUUUUUUUACAUUUUUGUAUGUGUUUUGCUAUUAAGCCAAGUAGCUUAUAUAUAAAUAUAUAAAUAUAUAUAAAUUUGAAUAUAUUAAA